AUGGUGAAUACGGGGAGGCCAUCUAGAGCUUGUUUUAAUUGUAAAGAACGGAAAGUAAAGUGCGAUCAGCAGAUGCCAUCCUGCGGGCGUUGUAUGCGUCUCCUCGGCCACUGUCCCGGCUAUCCAGACCGGUGGCUCCUCACUCUCCGUCGUCAGGAUGCCCACGCGGCUCAGCUCGUCAACACUAGGGUUGAAAGGAGCCGGAGCCGGAGAGCUGAGCAGGCGGGCCUCAUAGACAUGCCCGUCGUCAGGACGUUGGAUUUCAGCGCUGAGACUAUGAGCGUCCAUAAGUUCUUUGCAGACUACACCGCUCAAUCAGGCGUCGCGUUCCUGGAGCUCUUAGCAGAUAAGUACACCUUGCCGUCAAUGCCAUGCCUCUCUGCCGCCUUAGAAGCCACUGCUAUGGCGAGCUCGUCGCGUCAGCUCCGUCAGUCGGGUCUGAUGACCCGCACGAGACAGGCUUAUAGCAAGGCCAUAAGCGGGAUACGACAUGCCAUGCAGGAUGAGUCCUUGAUCAAGGAAGACUCCGUACUCCUAUCGCUGUUUGUACUUGGUCUUUUCCAGACCGUUGCAGCAGAGUUCGCACCUCAACAAAAUCCAACAACCGAGCCAGGAUGUCACCCCCAUGCCCGCGGUGCUCUAGCGCUAUUUCAAUAUCGAGCAAAGCAUCAGUUGGUGAAUUCACUAGACCGAGGAUUGUUGGCGUUAUUUUGGGAAAUUAGACUAAUGGAUUUCUUCACGACACCCCGCGAGAUCCCACCUCUGUGGUUUGAGCUUGAUCUUUUCAUCGAUUCUCUUGAGGACGGCCCUAAUUUGGACCCUCUAAUUCGACGAGCUGUAGAUUUUAAAGUCCUAUUCUUGUCCCUGGAUCUGGGACUGUCAGUACCUGAGAUUGGAAGAAUUCACGGCAUCCAAUUCCCUGAACUCAUCCGGUCCGGUUUGUCCCUGGCUCAAAGCUUGGAUGAAGAGGCCAGAAGGAUUGUCUAUGUCGACGGAGUUGGCGUACCCUCCGUCGCUUUCAACGGGUUCAUUGCCAUAUCGUGCGCGACCAACGCCGCCAUCGCAAGGUGCCUCUACCUAACCGUGCGACUACAUGUCUUGGAGAUACUAUCUGAAGCGGCUGAUGCACUUCAUUUCCACUCGAGCCCCAGCCGACCACAUGCUGCUGUGUGCACAGAGCAGUUGCUGAGGGAGAUAACAUCGGCACUUAAUGCAGCACCGUCUCGCACGGAGGGACAAGUCAGUAAAGAGCCAGGAAUAGGAUUUCGAGCAUAUUCCCUCUACUGGCCGAUGACGGCAGUGCUUCGAUCCAAGUUGGCCAACGAAGCCACCCGGGCUUGGGUGCGCGAGAAGCUCCUAGAGAUCGGCACCGCCGGCGGGUUCGGCCUCGCCGUCACGGCGGGGGAAAAAAUGGAAAGAUAGGUCGGAAAUGAGUCUCUAAAUGAUAAGGGGGGAAGGGACAAAAUAGCCAAGUUAUGUGUGUUUGGGCCGCAUCCGGUUUGGCAAUGGUCCCGAGGCCUGGACGGUGUGAACUGAUCUGUAAUAGGCGCUGGUAGUGGUGAACGCAGUAUUACAAUGGCGGCAAUCCCUGACUUGUCAGUGGAAAUUGAGAGCCAAUCUAUUCAGCCCAUCGCAGACAGAACCCGAAAUGGUUUAGAGCAACUCAGUGGGAGUCCGUGGGUGGACGUUAUGAGAGAAGCAGUUUGGAUGUCUGUAUAAAACCAGAAUGUCGCAUUCAGGAUUGACCAUGUAAAAG